AAACCCCUUCCCACUACCCUAUCUAUAUGACUAUAUCCCACUUCCCACUUUUCCUUCAGCCAAUAAUCUUCCCUACACCCCAAUACUCUCCUUCAGCGUGUUUCAUUCACGCGCCGCCAUGCAAGCGGCGCUGUUUUCACCGUCUUCAUGCCCCACCGUAAGACCUUUCAUUUCCCAAAAUGGGUCUCACCUAAGGGCUGCGUUCACCGUCCGAGCAUCUGUAUCGGACGCGGUUCAGUCACCUCCUUCCAUUGCCGUGGAAUCCCCACCUACCCAGAAGCUCAACAAGUACAGCUCCCGCAUCACUGAACCCAAAUCGCAAGGUGGGUCCCAGGCCAUUCUUCAUGGCGUUGGACUCUCCGAUGACGAUUUGAGUAAGCCCCAGAUUGGGAUAUCUUCGGUUUGGUACGAAGGGAACACUUGCAAUAUGCACCUUUUGAGCCUCUCGGAGGCUGUUAAACAAGGGGUCAGAGAAGCUGGCAUGGUUGGUUUCAGGUUCAACACUGUUGGGGUCAGUGAUGCUAUAUCUAUGGGGACUAGAGGGAUGUGCUAUAGCUUGCAGUCUAGAGACUUGAUUGCUGACAGUAUUGAGACUGUUAUGAGUGCUCAGUGGUAUGAUGGCAAUAUUUCCAUUCCGGGUUGUGACAAAAAUAUGCCAGGUACAAUCAUGGCAAUGGGCCGGCUUAACAGACCAAGUAUUAUGAUAUAUGGUGGAACUAUUAAGCCUGGUCACUUUCAAGGGCAUACAUACGAUAUAGUAUCUGCUUUCCAGUGUUAUGGAGAAUAUGUUAGUGGAUCCAUAAGUGAUGAGCAGAGGAAGAAUGUAGUCCUUAACUCUUGUCCGGGGGCCGGGGCUUGUGGUGGAAUGUAUACUGCGAACACAAUGGCCUCUGCCAUUGAGGCCAUGGGAAUGUCUCUUCCCUACAGCUCUUCAACACCUGCCGAAGACCCAUUGAAGCUUGAUGAGUGUCGUUUAGCUGGAAAACACCUUCUAGAAUUGUUGAAAUUGGACUUAAAACCACGGGAUAUUAUCACUCCAAAGUCACUGCAUAAUGCAAUGGUUAUUGUCAUGGCACUUGGUGGGUCUACCAAUGCUGUUUUACACUUGAUUGCUAUUGCAAGGUCUGUUGGUCUGGAGUUGUCUCUUGAUGAUUUUCAGAAGGUUAGCGAUGAGGUCCCAUUUCUUGCAGAUCUUAAGCCUAGUGGGAAAUAUGUUAUGGAGGAUGUCCACAAGAUUGGAGGAACACCAGCAGUCAUUCGCUACCUUUUGGAACUUGGAUUUUUAGAUGGGGAUUGUAUGACUGUUACUGGGAAGACACUAGCUGAAAAUGCAAAAAGCUUCCUUCCUUUGUCCCAAGGGCAGGAUAUUAUAAGACCAUUGGAAAACCCAAUUAAGAAAACAGGUCACAUCCAAAUAUUAUAUGGAAAUCUUGCACCGCAAGGUUCUGUAGCAAAGAUUACUGGAAAGGAGGGGCUUUAUUUCUCUGGUCCUGCACUUGUCUUUGAAGGAGAGGAAGCAAUGAUUGCAGCUAUCUCAGAGAAUCCGAUGAGUUUUAAGGGUAAAGUUGUGGUUAUUAGAGGGGAAGGACCUAAGGGAGGACCAGGCAUGCCUGAAAUGUUGACACCAACCAGUGCAAUAAUGGGAGCAGGUUUGGGGAAGGAGGUUGCAUUAUUGACAGAUGGUAGGUUCUCGGGUGGAUCACAUGGAUUUGUUGUUGGUCACAUUUGUCCAGAAGCACAGGAAGGUGGUCCCAUUGGUUUGAUACAAAACGGAGACAUUAUCAAUGUUGACAUUCAAAACAGGAGAAUAGAUGUUCAGUUAACGGAUGAGGAGAUGGCAAAGCGAAGAAAGGAAUGGAGUCCACCAGCAUAUAAGGCUGACCGUGGGGUUCUCUACAAGUACAUCAAGAAUGUGCAGUCAGCUUCCAGGGGAUGUGUGACUGAUGAGUAAAGAGAGAACGGUGUGGUAGAAGGCUUAUAGAGUUUUAUAGCAAGCUUGAGGUUGUAUGUAACAAAGCAUGCUGGGUUCUGUAAUUGCGGCUCUCUAGGGUAUCUAUUCUUUUGAGCAUAUUUUAUUUUAACGACAUUUUUAAAACCUUCCUUUGAAGGUUUUUCUGUAAUGAAUUCAUCAUUAUUUCACCAACUUAACUGUGGGGGGAAUGUUGUUGAAAACUUUGCUCUUGAACAAUCAUAUCUGCAUUAUGUUGUCAUUGUGUUAGAAUAUACUGGUGCAGUCGGUAUCUAAUUCUUGUAUUUUGAAGUAUA